CGGAGAGGGGCGAAGGGGGAGUUUGGGAAAGAAUGCGAGGAAUUUAUUUCCUGUUGAACAGCUCUGAGAACGAAGGAGGAGACGAGGAGUUCGAGGAGAAGGAGCUCUAUCUCCUGCUCUCCUGCUGGAUUACUGACUCCACUCUCCUCCCAGCACCUCCCGACUCAGGAGGAGCAGGAGGAGGAGAGGGAGGUGCACGAUGGCUGAGCCCCUGCUGAAGAGGACCUUCUCCAGGCUGAGAGGCAGAGACAGAAGCCGCAGGAAGACCGACCCCAAACUGAGCGAGGCUCCAGUCCGGCCCGACAAUGUCUUCCAGUCCUCUUCCUCACCAUCGUCGCCAACACUUACAGACCCCGACCCCCCAUCGCCUCCUCGAAACCAUAUCACAGUGGCGAAGAAACAGCAGUGGGCGCGUCAGGGCUCUGCAGCUCCACCCACCUUCUUGACCCCAAGCUCCACCAUCACACUCUCAGACCAGGAGAGACCCACAGGGAUAUCUCAGGAGGCAUCUGGGCAGGCCUCGAGCCACAGGCUGGUGCAAGACAAGAUGCAGCAGUGUGCUGACAGGAUGUGCACCAGUCUGGCCUGGGAUAAGACCAGUGCGUCCUGUGUUAGCACAGCAAUGCAGCAGGAAUCCUACUACCCAGCAGGGGACCCCGCUGAAUCUCCCUCCACCUCCGUCAGUGCCAAGCUGUCUGGCCAGCGUGCCUACCUGCAGAGCCUGGAUCGCAGCAGCCGAGCCUGGGUGCUUUCCUCAGGAAAGACUUCAGAUGAAGUGUGCGACCCCCAGGAGGACAGUGGCAGCAACAUCUGGUACAACCCGAUCCCUGAGGAGGAGGACUUAGGAGGUCUACGCCGGGACGAGGAUGUAUGGAAGCGGAGGGCAAAAGAAGAUGAGCCUAGUGCUGGAACAGACGUGGGCGGAGGUUGUAGCAGUGCCAGUCCACUGGAGGACUUUCAGUGCUCCAGCCUCCCCAAUCCAAGUGUCAGUCACCAUAUCGAUGACAUCCAAGCAGAAAAUACAGACUCUCCUCCAGACUCUAGUCCCGCCUCCCAAAAGAAAGGGGGUGUGUCAGGAAGUAUGAUUGACAGGUUGAGGUCUCCUGGUACGGUAAGAAAACUCUCUCUAAAGAUGAAGAAACUUCCCGAGCUGCGCCGGAAACUCAGCCUCCGCUCAUCUUCUCGGGCCCAGCGGCAAACAAAUGACAACAGAGGAUGCGGAGAGGAGUCGGCUGGUAAGAGCACGGCAUCGUUAUUGGCGCUCUCCAACCAGAACGUGAUCAGCAAGUAUCAUCUGGACAGCUCCACCUCUCCAGCCCGACCACAGCGACGGUCAUCAAGAGGAUGUUCAGCCAGUAAAGGAGGGUAUCUCAGUGACGGGGACUCCCCUGAACUACUGCCACGACAGCAGCCCUCUCAACACGUGAUCACCCAGGAUGGGCCCUGUGACGUCAGCUCGUUCCAGCUGUACGUGGGCUCCGACCCGCCGAGAUGCAGCCAACGGGUGACGGGUUUAUUGACAGUCCACUUGCUGGGGCUGGAGGAGAUGAAGACCAGCAGGUCAGAGGGCAGUAAGGAAGUCUUCCUGGUGAUACAGAUCGAUGGGGUGACGAGAGCGCGGACUGCCCUCCUGAUGCUGCGAGGCUCGGCCCUCUCCUUAAACCACACUUUCCACCUGGAGCUAGAGCGAGCCAGGCAGCUCCGCAUAGUGGUAUUAACACCAGUCUGUGCACCCAAAACAACAUCUGAGCAGAGUCCCAACUCAGGUGGUCCAACUAGAAACCGGGUGUGCGGUCUGGGUGGGGUCUCCAUCCCCCCUCUCUUCAAAGGGAGUCGCUGUCAGCAGCUCUGUGUGAAGCUGGAGCCCAGAGGACUUCUCUAUAUCAAACUGUCUCUGCAGGAGAAAUGGGACACGCAGCCCAACGGCGACGCAUCCACCCCGUCCUCUGUGUUUGGGGUUGAGCUCCACCACCUGGUGGAGAAAGAGGGCUCUGCAACUCCCGUCCCCCUGCUGAUCCAGAAAACAGUGGCAGAGAUCGAACGACGGGGACUGAAGGUGGUAGGUCUUUACAGGCUCUGUGGCUCUGCUGCGGUGAAGAAGGAGCUCAGGGAUUGGUUCGAGAGGAACAGCUCAGCAGUUUGUCUGUCUGAGGACCUCUACCCUGACAUCAACGUAAUCACAGGGAUUCUAAAGGACUACCUGCGGGAGCUGCCAUCCCCCCUCAUCACUAGGACUCUGUACCAGGUGGUCCGGGAGGCCAUGACCCUACGACCCCCACCUGUCCAACCUGCAACACCUGAUCCCCAACUGUCCCAAAGGACCGUGGAGCUGCUGUCCUGUCUGCCACCUCCAGAAAGGGCCACUCUGCUGCUCCUGCUCGACCACCUCAGCCUCGUAGCAUCUUUCAGUGCCGCCAACAGGAUGACUCAUCAGAACCUCGCCGUGUGCUUCGGGCCUGUGCUCCUCACACCAACCCAAGAUGCGUGGAAGGGGGGAGGAGGGAAGUCGGGAAGAGGAUCAACGAAGGGUUUCUAUCAUGGCGAGGAGAUGGCGAGCGCCGUGGACUUCAAACGGCACAUCGAAGCGCUGCACUACCUGCUGCAACUGUGGCCAGUGCCGACUCAUCGAGCACCAGCCGACGCCUCACCUCCUCCCUCCUCCACCCCUCACCAGAAUCCCUUGGUGCAGCAGCAGCAGCAGCGGCAUCCGGCGUUGCGCCUGGCUCUACCACAGAGCCCUGAAGAGGAGGUGGUGGUGUCACGGCGAGGGCGUGGCGGUGUGGCCCGGCUGGAGAGUCCACCGCCAAUCAACAGGUACGCGGGAGACUGGAGCGUUUGCGGACAAGAGUUUCUUACCGGGCAGGAUGCCGAUUACGAUGAGGUGGCAGGAAGUGAGAGCGAUGCAGGGAGUGAUGAUGAAGACGAGGAGGAGAAGAAGAGGGCGUGGCCAACAGGAGGGGGCGGAGCUCUGUACAUGGAUGACUUCCUGGACUUUGACGCUCCGUUUAACUGUCGGCUCAGCCUGAAGGACUUUGACGCGCUGAUCCACGACCUGGACCGCGAGCUCGCCAAACAGAUCUGUCUGUAGAGAAGGAGGAGGAGGAGGAGCAGGAGGAGGAGGAAGAUCUGACCUCAUUAAAUUUCAGAUCAGCUGAGUUUUAACGUGUUUGUCUCUGAUGGUUUGACUUUGUGCUUAAAUGAAACUACAAUGAUGUUUGUGUGGGAAAGCAGAUCAGCUGUUAGCUUGACCUCUGACCUUUUACUCCACAGCUGUUUUCAGCACUGAGAGCAGAAUAACUUUUCAUAGCAACAGGGAUGAACAUUAAUAAUCGCUCAAAGUUCAAAGUUCAUCAAAGAAACUUUUUAUAACUUUUUCAGUGAAUUAUAAUUAAUGUUGAAUUAUUUAAUGUAAUGAAAAAACACCUGAUGUGUUUAUUUUCAGACUUUUAAAAAAGAGAGAAGAGUCGUUUUACUCUGCAACACAUUUCAAAAGCAAACAUUAAAAAUAAUGAAAACAUUUCUUGUAAUAAUAAAAAAUAAAUAAUUAGCAUGAAGAGAAAAACCUGAACUAAUCUCGGUGCUGGUGAAACACGAGUUUUGUAUUUUGUACUUAAAGAAGAAUAUUCAAGUUAAAAUAAAUGAAACAAAUAGUUAUCUGAAAAAAAUGGGAAAUGUUCUCAUGACCAUGACUUUAAAGUCUUUUUCAUUGUGAGAGUUUUUAUAUUGAUUAACUAUAAAGUUAAAAAAGGAAACAAUUAAAUGUGUGACCUUUAAAUCAUCUAAACUCACACAACCCUCCAUCAUCCCAUCAUCAAAGCACCAAUGUUCUCAUUCCUCAAAUGAUAGAAAAUAAUCUUUAAAUACGGGGAAACUAUAAUCUGAAAAAGGUGAAGUCUGAAGGUGAGGCUCCGUCGCUCUUUAAACUGAUUAAAUCAGCUGCUCAGGACGUCCUGAAGGAGGCGCUGUGCCCAGAACCAAACAGGAAUUUAUUCCUUUUUUGAACCAAACAGGAAUUUAUUCUCAAAGCGUGCACGGUGACGGUCUCAGGGUGAGUCUAACGUUGAAACCAAAGUAUGUGCCUCAGAGCCUGUGAGCUAACACUAGCUCACAAAGUCCAGUAAUCAGUGACAUCACCAAACGAGCAGCUCUCGACUGUCUGCACGAGGCUUCACAGGUGGGCGGCAGCAGAGCGCCAGGUCAGGUUAGACAGCACGCAUGCUGAGGUUAUUAAUAACAACUGCUCUCUGAGGUUGUGGAGCUCCGAGUUCAGGCCCCAAACUGUCAACAAACUUUGGACCUGCAGCUUCAGUGUGAAGAAUGGGUUCUCUGAGGCGUGGAGGAGGUGCAGGAAGCUCCUUCCACAGCAGCGAGCACCGGAUAUCUGAGUAUCAGGACUUCGGGGGAUCUGGUGUUGUUUGCACUGUUGAAGCCAUAAUUUCUGUGUUGAUGGUACAGAGUUUCUCACUGUGAGUUUGUGAAGUUUGAAGCUCUUUUCUCCUUGUUGUUGCUGACAGUAUUAUUAUUGUUAUUAUUAUUGUUGUUGUUGUUGUUACUCUGUUUUGCACAUCUUCAAUAAGCACUUGUGUUUUUUACAAUGAAGACGACGUUUGUCUGCAGAUGAAGCAAAGUGAUGAAGCACAGUUCCUGUUGGAACAGAACACAGUCUGUAUGUCUUAUUACCCCAAACAGCUAUUAAACACCUUAUUAACGAA